AAAACAGACCACCAGGCGCACCGGCAGCCCCUGUCUCUGCUGACUCAGUGCCUUACCAGCAGUCCCUUCACCCCGAGAUACAGCACCCAGCUACUGACGCACUCUGCUCCGGUCCACCAGCCCCGGCUUCACCGUACAGACAUGGCUAAGACCGCUAUCGCUUACAAAGAGAAGAUGAAGGAGAUUUCAGUUCUCUCACUCAUCUGCUCUUGUCUGUACCCCGAGACCCGUAAAAACAUCAUGGGUGACUUCGAAGCAGACCUGGACAUCAAGCCCAUUAACAAGCGAGCCUCAGGCCAGGCCUUUGAGGUGAUCUUAAAGCCGUCCUCCCCCGUGUCUGAUGUCACCCACUGCGUCACCACCCCCCCAAAGAGGGACGUUUCCCUGGAGGACAUCCAGAAGAAACUGGAGGCAGCUGAGGACCGGAGGAGAUCCCAGGAGGCGCAGGUACUCCAGGCCCUGGCUGAGAAGCGGGAGCAUGAGCGCGAUGUGCUGCUGAAGGCCAUGGAGGAGAACAGCAACUUCAGCCGCAUGGCCGAGGAGAAGCUCCAGAUGAAGAUGGAGCAGAACGAGGAGAAUCGGCUGGCUUACCUGGCGGCCAUGAUGGACCGCCUGCAGGAGAGGGAGAGGCACGCUCAGGAGGUGCGCAAGAACAAGGAGUUGAGAGAAGAAGUGACAGCGUGAGAAGCCCCAACAGGUUCAACAUCCCAACCCCCAAACCCCACCCACCAACCCACAGCCACUUCCCCGACCCUGAAGAACACCCCUCUCUCUCUCCCCACCUUAUCCAGCAUAUACCCACCUCUCAAACCCCCCCCCUGCCAUACUCCCCCAUAAUUCUAGGAAACUACCACCGCCUGAGACGCCACCCCGAGACAGUGGGAGGUUCAAAUGAGGUUGGGGGUGGGAAAAAAAAAAGCAAAAAAAUCAUUUUAAAAAAAAGGGAAGGAAAAAUUAAUGUCUCCCACCCACUCUUCCAAAAAAAGAAUGUUUUUGCUCCGUUUCGAAUGACAAGAAAAGAAAAAUCAAAUUGAGAAGCGACAGUGGGUAUUGGUUUUUGUAAAUACUUCUUUUUUUGUUAUAUACAGUACGAUACAAGCAGCAAAAGUAUUGAUUGCAGUGUGCCAUUUUUUUCUAUAUAAGUUUCCUCUCCUUGCAUAUAUAUGGAUGUAAUUAUUUGUUCAUUUUCAUGUUUUUAUUGGUUCCUUCAUUUCAGCCUGAUGAUCUUUUCAGGCCUAGGUGUUUGUUGUGAGUUUGCCAGCUAGCUGAUGUUUGUUGUGAUUGGCUGAGUCCUCACAAGGCCCCCUGUAUCCUGGCUCCGUUCCCUAAAAUCCCUUCUAGUGGCUACUCACUCAUUUGACCCUGCGGUUUUCGGAAACAAAAAUCAGAUCCCUGCUUGGUCCGAGUGAUUUUCCAUCCGUUUUUUUUUGCCAAUGUUCCAAUUAGUGAGGGACCAGUGCAGGAAAAUUGGCAGAAGAAAAGGGGACAGUUUGCUUCCUGUGGGGACUGCAGGCCAUCACUGCACAUCCAAUCCUCUGAAGUAGAUGAGGAGAACACUAUAGCAUUUAAUGAGCCCAUCCUUCCCUCCAUCUUCCCCUCCGUCUGCAACCUCUUCAUCUCAUCACAUACAUACUGUAGAAUCACUCACUCACACGCUCUCCACAUGGGCAGGCGUUUAGCCAAUCAUAGCACAGAGCUCAGUUUGGAGCUUGCUAAAUUCUGUCCAUCUGGCACUGGAAAAAAGCUCACAGAACAUCCCCGACCAGUGCCCUCUUAUAUUCCUCUGAAACAAGCAUCCAAUCACAACUCAACCACAUGUUACUGUAAUAAAAACACAACUAGGAUUAAGGAACGCUGGAAUGCAUAAAAACUUUCACCCAAUAUCAAACUUGUUACUGUGAAUCUAAUAGGGAGAAAAAAAAACAAAUAAAUCAAUCUUGCUCCGUUUCAUAAAAGGCUAGAGUAGUGCUCAACAUCAGCAGCACUGACUGGAAUCAUUGCACUUCACUCCACUGUAAACGUCCGCUGCAAAGUUGGCACAAGAAAGAUAUUGAAGCCAUAACAGGUAUCGCUGCAACGAUGAUCCAUGAGAACAGUAUUUCCAUCUGUAAAGGUGUAUAUGAGUGUAUUAAAGUAUCCAAAAAAGUUUGUAAGCAGGGGUUGCUGAAGCCUGUCGGUGACACGCACGCACGGUAAAGGCCCAUAGAAGUGUGUGAGUGUGUGUGUGUGUGUAUUUCAGAGAGGGCGGAUAGAUAAAAGAAUGUAUGUGCCAUGUUGAUAUUGAUCAGGUGAAGUGUAAACCAUUACAGUGUGUAAAAAAACUGUCAAAAGAUCAUCACAGACAGUGGUCAUCCUACCUGCCUCUCUCUCUCUCUCUCUUUCUCUCUCUCUCCUCUGUCCAUCUGUGUGUUUCCCCCUCUCCACGUAUAUCUUUGUGAGCAAGCAGUGGUUAAUAAAGGUUUGGGGUUCAGUGAAUGAAA